UUUUUUGUUUUUUUUUAUGGGAAUAAGGUUUGUUGAAGUAAAAUUUACCUUGAAUCCCAUCUUAGCAAGUAUAUAAGACCUUAAUACAUCUACAGAUGUUCAAGGACUUAGAAAUGCAGUCUGGUCUGAAUCCCAUGAUGUAAUUGUUCAUUGCGUCACUGACAUGGAAGUUGCUUCUUGUUUAUUCAGUUUAACCAAAAGAAUUACAUGAAAAAAUACAAACUGCAGUCUGGUCUGAAUUUGUUGUCUCAUCUAAUGAUGAUGAGAUUUAUCUCACCAAUAAUGAUGAGAUUUAGUGUGAACGGGCUCCCCUUUGUUAUCUUAUCUUUUCAUACCAACCAAAGGGGCUGAGUUUUAAGCCAAACUAUGGAAUAUUUUCCUCUGAUUAGGGACAUCUAUUCCACCCAUAUAUUUUCCAAUAUCAUUCUAAUAUAUAUUGAGUGACAACUGACUCUGAAAAUUUCGUAGGCUUAAUGAAGGAUGUGUGUAACGUAUACAUAAAAACCCACAAAAUGUUUUCCAAUUUUCGCAUGUAACCAAAAUUCGGUAAUAAUUUACCUUUAACUCCUUUGAAUUUUUUUUUGGGUACACCAAAAUUGAAGAGCUGAAAGUAAUUAUACUUGGAAGAAAGCUGAAGAAAAGAGUUAGAACUGGUAAUAAAAGCAGUGGGAAGGCCAAAUAGAAUGACAAUUGAGCUGGAAACUGAAGCGGAAGAAAAUAAAUUGGGUUACAGUUUCCAGAAAUUUUUAGUUACUAAUAAAGAGAGUUGGUUUUAUGAUACUAGAUGAUGUUUAUUCUUGUUAUGUUAAGUACUUUUUGGCAUAUCUUUUUUAUUGUUGGGAAGCUGAUUCUGCUGUGAAUUUUGAGGCUGGCUCUUAGUUGCACGAAGCGGGGGCGGGGGAGCAAAGGUACAUAGAAGCUCCUUAGAUUGGGAGCGGCUAUGUAUAUUUUUAUAUAUUAUAUUAUAUAUAUAUAUAUAUAUAUAUAUAUAUAUAUAUUUCACAAUUUGUGGGCAGUGCAAGUUAACUUAUGAGCUCCCAACUACCACCAAAAUUCAUUUAUUGUGCUUUUUUCUUUGUCUCUCUUAUUCAUUUAAAAAAAGGAAAAAAAAAUUACUCCCAAACACCAUUUAUGUAUUAAAAAUACAUUGAUUCUUUUGUUUUGCCAUUGAAGGAUAACAAAAGCCCAUGAAAAUUACCUUUUUUGUCCAGAAUGAAUUAUAAUUGCCCAGAUAUUUGUCUCAAUACACAAGCUAGUAACCCAACAAGAAUAAUUAAGCCCAACUUUGCAGCCCAAAGAAUAAAAGAAAGAAACCCUAAAUUAAAAGGACAAAACUCUUAUCAUCUUCCACGCAGCAACAAACGUCGGCUAUGAUCCCGACGAUUGUCUUCCACGCAACGGCAGUUUCUCUGCUGAACCAGGGUGAAUUCUAAGUUCAUACAUGACCAGUAUGGCACACCUGGCCUCCAAAGUGGGCCGUUCAUUGUUCAGUAGCCUCAACAUCAAUGCUCUUCGACUUGGUUCACAAUCAACGUCACCUGAGAUUACAUGCAGCAGUAUAUUGUCUCAGCAGCAAAGGACUUUCAUACAGAUGAGGACCAAGCUGAAAGUGGUGGAUAACUCGGGUGCAAAAGAAAUAAUGUGCAUACAAGCUUUGAAGGGGGGGAAAAAGGGGGCAAGGUUGGGGGACUUAAUAGUUGCAUCAGUGAAGGAAUUCCAACAGCCUGGCAAAGCGAAAAAAGGAGAUGUGAAAGUGAAGGAAUCCCAACCGGCUGGCAAAGGGAAAAAAGGAGAGGGGAAAAAAGCAGAGUUGAAAAAAGGAUCUGUUGUUUAUGCUGUUGUUGUGCGUGCUGCAAUGCAGCGGGGCCGCUGCGAUGGGAGCGAGGUCAAGUUUGAUGACAAUGCUGCAGUACUUGUUAACAAGCAAGGCGAGCCAAUUGGAAGCAGAGUGUUUGGGCCAAUUCCACAUGAGUUGAGGAAGAAAAAGCAUGUCAAGAUUCUUAGUCUUGCUGAACACAUUGUCUGAGGUAGGAUACUUGUCGGUAUAUCUUUAUGCAGUAAUGUAAUUGUUUAAUUUUCUCUCUUAUUUUUUAGAAAGAGGUACGUGCAAGCUUUCUUAGGAGAAAUAUAUCCUUUCUUCACCACAGAUUGUAAUUGAGCCGCUUGUUGGGUUCUGUAAUCAUUGGGCGUUGUUGACGUUUCUAAGGCUAAUUUUGUUCCCAUGUUUCAUCA